CGCCUUGCUUAAUUGAAUCGCGUCUCGCCCGUCCGUCCUCGUCUCCUUCUUGUCUCGGCCCGGAGAAAACCGAGCCCCCGUAGGAAGAAAAAGACCCAGACCCCUACCAGUAGUACAUUGCCUAUUCGGGACUAUGGUCGCAAAAAAGUUCCCCAAGUCCCCCCAUUGCCCAGCAUUCGUCAUUCUAUUCUGUACCAAUGUCAUUUUAUAGGACGUUUGCUUCGUCCUUUCUUGUAUAUUAUUCAUGAUCGCCAGAGCAUUGUCCAGCGGUACCAUCUGUCUUGGAUGCCGUCUGCGACUUCUGCGCCAAGCAACUCGGCCUAAUUCCCUUCCCCAGCCUAUAGCACGUCGCAGCCCGGCCGUCGCAUGGCCGCGCAGUCGACGAUGGUUCGCGAGCGAGGCCUCUGCUCGCCCCGACGAUGCGGAUCAGAAGCAGACCAAAAACGGUUGGGAUACUCUAGAGGAGGCCUCGGAAGACCAGUACCGCGACUAUCUUAACGAGCAAGACGCCCUCUCCGACCUCGAUAAUGGGCGCCCAGACAAGCCAAGGCGAUCGCGCGGGGGGAAGACAAACGAAAAUAUGAGAGAACGGAGGCGCCAGACCACAGGCGACGAAGAGGAGAACUUCAAGCCCUGGAAGCAUCUCGACCUGAAGAAGAGACGCCUGUCGGGCAAGAAGGUCCUCACGGAAACCUCUGCGAGCCUCGGCUCCGACAUGCUAGGAAAACCAGCCUAUGCCAUCGUCAUGAAAGAUAGUCGGGACUACAAGGCGAAGACGCGGCCUGUCGACGUACUAAAUGAGGAGCAAACGCGCCAGGAGAUCGACAUGCAGGCCCUGCUAGACAAUCGACACGAGCUGCCGACCGACUCCGAAGUCCGCGAGAAUAUCAACGAGCUUAGACCCCCCGAGACCGAGACUAUCUUGAAGGAGAAGGAAUUCCGUAGGGUUCAACAGCAGCUGGAAGACGGUUUCCUGAACGCGCAGCUCAUCGAUUACAUCGCCAAGUUCAAGCCCGAGCCCGCCGGUCGAGACUCGGUAGAACAUGCCCGUCCCCAGUACCCGUGGGUGAGGAAACUUACACCUUGGACGCCGUUGGACGCCCGCGGCACAACACUGCCGCCCAAAGACCCGUUAGCUCGUCACUUCCAUGCCUAUCUUCCCCAGGAUGCCAGUCCGAAAGCACGAGCGGCAGUCCUCAUCAUGCGAAAAUGCUGGGGCUUGCAAGUCGAAGAGGUGGCGAAUGGACCAGGCCAGAUGAGAAUAGUCCUUGAGACUCAAAAGUUCAUGCCUCUCAUGCGGGGGUCGCGGCGCUUUCUACAGAGGAUCACAAGGGACUACCUGGAAGAGGGAGAGGCUCUCGAGGCCAAUAUUAGUGCCAGCGAGAUUACCAUUGUGGCCCCGAGUUACAAGUGCCAGACCAUCUUGACAGAGCUCGAUACACUUAUGCAGCAGAUCCGCACGCACACGUUCCCCAUAUCGCACGUAACCUCGGAUCCCACACAGCUCACCCCCGAACUCUUGGAGCUUGUUGGCAAGGUUACAAAUACACAUGUGCGGCCUACCAAGACCGGGCACCGGUUACAAGUCGCCUGGAUCCAAGUGGCUGGCCGCGAAGAGCAGGACGUCGAAAAUCUGUCGCAUGUCGUAUUCCGUUUCCUCCAGACAGCUCUCCAGCCCAACUCCGCCAAGCGCAUUCUCCACACCGCCGACGCAGAGAAAGCAAUCGCAUCCGGCAACGGCCGCUUAGUAGUCGACCAUGGGAACAAGGAGAAGUGGGCAUGGAAAGACAGACUUGAACAGUGGGCUCGCCUCGUGACUCCAGUGUCUACAGAUAUCGAAAAUACCCAAGCAGGGCCAGCAGACGGCAACCCCCCCAAGCUUUCUAUGGCCAUAGAAAAACUACAGCCUCUGCCACGCAACGUGCAUGUCCCAAACAAAACCUUGACGAACAGUGUGGCCUGGAAAGAUGGCGAGAGAGCUGAGGAUUGGUCCUCAUCAUCUCCGCCUCAGCAGGUCGAGGUUCAAGACAGCUCUAGCUCUCGCUUCCCCCACCAGCCAGUCCGCUGGACCUCAGAUCUUACCAGCAGCACCUCCGCCCUCUUCGGUCACAUCCUCACACCCCGUACCGACGUUGCGAAGGCAGAAGGCGCACCUCCGGCCCACCCAAGCACGGAGGAUCUAGCAUCGCGCCCAUACAACUUCUCACCCAUCGUCCCGCACCCAAUAAGGCUCGCCGAGCUCUCACUCCUCGACGAGAAUACGAUGCUCCCCGUAGCCUCGACGGUCCUGAUCCGAUUCCUGCACAACCCAAGCUCGGCCGCCCUCGCCCUCCCGCUCGUCGCGCCGCCCCUCGAGCUGCGGCUCACCCUCUCCGAGCCGACGUCGGCGGACCAGGACCCCGAGAUCACCGGCGUCCACUCCCUACGUGCCCUCGUGGCCACGCACCACAACGAGGUGCCGCUGCCCGCAAGCCCGGUCGACUUCCGCAUCACGCAGACUCGGGGUGCCUCGCUGCAGGGCUCGCCCAGCGCCCUGUCGGCAUGGCAGCCCAUCGCCGACUUCCUCUCGCGCUCGCGCCUCGACAUCGCCGCCGGCAAGCUCGAGAUGGCGGCCCAGCAGCGCUUCCAGGUCCCCCUGCGCCUCUUCGGCGAAGCCACCAUGACGCAGGAGGCGAUGAGGAAGAAGAAGCAGCAGCAGCAGCAGCAGCAGCAGCAGGAACAACAACUCGCCGCCGUUGACGACGAGUCGCAGACGAGGGGGGACAGCACCAGCACCAGCCCAGCACAAGAGGAGGGAGAUAUAAUAGCCCAACCCAUUUCCGCCGCGGGGGGAGAAGACCACCCCAACUCGCUCCGCAGCACCCUGUACGAGUUCGCGGGCCUGGAGCUGCACCGCUCCGUGACGGUCCCGUACUCGGCCGACCCGCGGUUCAGCCUGACAUACACCUCGAUCGAGGCCGGCCAGGGCGGCGGGCGGCGUGCCGAACUGAGUCUUCGACCCGUUCCCGCUUCUUCGUCCUCUGUUCCUCCUCCGGCGGCGGCAGCAUCAGAAGCAGCCGCCAGUGGCAGCGACAACCUGCACGACGACUACGUCCGGGCUUGUUACAAAUUCGCGCAGACGGUGGAGAACUGGUCCGGUAUCUCGUCGGGAGACAACGGGUCGUAAAGAAUGAGAGAGGCGUCCUGAGACGAGAUUCAGAAGAAAGGGAACAAACAGCCCUCCUGUAGAUAUGAUGUAUACUAUAACAACAUGGAUGAUGGCAUGAGGAAACUGUAAAUCUAGUAAAGAGCCUGUACAUAUGCAUGAUGGGCCUUGAUUACGGUGAUUGUUGUAAUAAAUAUCAAAUUAUCAAGACCACUCAACAUCUUAUAAUGACCCGA